ACGAUCUGGAAUCACAAUACAUAUUAAUGGAUCGACGGCUUGUUUACGAGUGCUUGAAACGCGAGGGUGUUCCUGUCCCCAGAUAUGCAUGCGUUUCCAGGCGGCCCGGAAGCCCUCCUGUCAAUGUUGUGGAAAGUGAUGAUUCCAUCGAGAUUGACGGACAGGUUUUCCACAAACCUUUUGUGGAAAAACCACUGAAUGCUGAGGACCACAAUGUUUACAUAUACUUCCCUAGUACGGCCGGGGGAGGAAGUCAACGUUUGUUUCGAAAGGUGGGAAAUCUGAGCAGCAAGUACUUUCCUCACAGCACAAUCCGUACCAAUGGCUCAUACAUGUAUGAGGAAUUCAUGCCUACUGAUGGAACCGAUGUCAAAAUCUAUACCGUGGCCGAUGACUACGCACACGCUGAAGCGCGCAAGUCCCCAGCCCUGGAUGGUAAAGUCGAACGGGAUCACGAGGGGAAGGAAGUACGGUACCCUGUCAUUUUAACUCCGAGAGAGAAAAUCAUUGCCAAAAAAGUUGCCAAGGCCGUUCAGCAGCAGAUUUGCGGUUUUGAUCUGUUGCGUGCGAACGGGAUGUCAUAUGUCUGUGAUGUCAACGGGUUUUCGUUCGUGAAGUCUUCAAAAAAGUACUACGAUGACUGUAGCCACAUUCUAGGAGUGCUGAUCACCCGGAAACUUGCCCCACAAUUAUGUGUUCCAGCGUACCUACCGCCGGGUACCGAUGUGGAUACUCCGCUUGUUCCGACUACUUGCGGGACAAUCAUGGAGUUGCGAUGCGUCAUCGCAGUUAUUCGUCAUGGAGAUCGUACACCGAAACAAAAAAUGAAAAUGGAAGUCAGACAUGAGAAAUUUUUUGGUUUGUUCUUCAAAUACGCGGGCGAAUACGCCAACGAACUGAAAUUGAAGCGUCCAACACAACUGCAGGAGGUUCUAGAUAUUGUCCGCUGCAUACUAAAGGAAAUCGAGAAUCCCCAGGAUGUCGACCCUCAGCUACUAAAGAAUAAACCGAAAUUCGAACAACUGAAGUAUGUUUUGGAAAUGUACGGUUCGUUCAGUGGCAUCAACAGAAAGAUUCAGCUUAAGUACCAUCCACGCGGAUUCAACAAGACAGGAAAAGUUGGAAUCAACGAUACCACCGAUGCAUGUGAGCCGAAAUCAUGUCUACUUCUCGUGGUCAAAUGGGGUGGCGAGCUCACCGCAGCCGGAAAACAACAAGCCGAACGGUUGGGGCGAGCAUUCCGUUGUAUAUAUCCGGGGGGCGACGGACAUUAUGGGAAGGAUCCAGGGUUGGGUUUGUUACGACUGCACAGCACAUAUCGGCAUGACUUGAAGAUCUAUGCGUCCGAUGAAGGCCGUGUUCAAAUGACAGCAGCGGCGUUCGCAAAAGGAUUUUUGGCUUUGGAAGGCGAAUUGCCUCCUAUUUUGGUGCAAAUGGUCAAGUCGGCCAAUACAAAUGGCUUAUUAGAUAAUGAUAACGAUUGUCGUCACUACCAGCACAUGGUGAAACGCCGAAUAAAGGAUGUCAUGUCCAAAUUUACAGACUUCACCGAAGAGGAUAUUGAGGCCUUGGUCCCAACAGGUGCAAAGUCGUUGGUCAAUGCCAUGCGUUACGUGGGUAAUCCGCGUGCUGCCUGUGACCGUCUACUGGCGUAUGUGAAAAAACUGGGUGCACGUCUUCUGACCUUGGCCACUUGUCGUGAAAGCCGAAACUCCAUCAGUUUGUACCAAGGCGAAAGCUGGGAACUCUUGUUGCGACGUUGGGGCAAAUUGUGGAAGGAUUUUCGUGGUACUGGAGAAGAAUAUGACUUGUCUAAAAUAUCUGAUAUUUACGACAACAUCAAAUAUGACUUACAACACAAUCCGGCCAUUUUGGUUGAAUCAGAAGCCCAGGACUUCUUCAUGUGUGCCAAAUCUUUGGCUGAUAUCGUUGUCCCGCAGGAAUACGGUAUCACCAAAGAGGAAAAGCUGGUUAUCGGUCAGCGCAUUUGUACUCCACUAAUGCGGAAAAUCCUAUCUGAUGCGCGUUACACGGACGUGGAUGAAUGCACGCGUUUGCACGCUGGACAUCGCCCGAAUAAUGGUUCCCCGUGUCCUGAUUGCUACUCUAAGGGUGUUGCCUCUCCCGAACGAUUCGUCCGAACUCGUCUUUACUUCACCAGUGAAAGCCAUCUGCAUUCUCUGCUAACCUGUUUGAGGUAUGGUGAAUUGACCGACAUAUGUACGGAUGAACAGUGGCGUCGGGCUAUGGACUAUGUGGCUUCUGUGUCGGAAAUCAACUAUUUAGCUCAGAUUGUCAUUAUGAUUUAUGAAGACCCAACGGUGGAGCCAAAAACUGAGCAGCGCUUCCAUGUGGAGCUCCACUUCAGUCCCGGUGCUUUCGCUCUUUGUCACGAUCAACUCGAAGGAAGUGGAUUCAGACCUGGGAAGUUGGAGCGUUUGAAUUCACAAGCUAGCAUGGUAAGCAGUGCAACUUCAUUGGGUAAAGGCAGUUGUGAUUCUGCGCAUGCACAUUCCUUCCGUCCGAAGGACCGAGAUUCCCUUUCAUCUUGCCCGGUGACACCUGGAACGCCUUCUGCGAGCAAUUGUACGUCGGGCAGUCAGCUGGAUCGAACCUCUGGUCCGGUUACCCAUUACUGCUCCCAUGCAACAUGUCCUGCCAGGCACUCCUUCUUUCCGUCACAGUGCACGGCAGACGCUGGACAAGAACAAGUUGGGUUCGAUGCGUUGAAGAAAAGAUCCGGAUCGAAGUCUCCAAUGCCGUCUGAGUUGAAGACAAUACAUGAAUAUCAGACGGUUGUCGAACGGCUACAAAAUUUAAAGUUUUGGAGGGAGUCUGUGGCAGUCGCCUCUACCGGCUGCACAACGGGUAGCGCGAGUGAUGUAUUUGAAGAUGAAGAAGUGGGGCUGUGUGAAGAAAAACAGGCAGAAGAAACUUCAGCCACAGGGAAGCCACACGCAUCAAGUACUGUGGAUGGUACCCAUCCAUCAUCUGAGGGCGUUUCUGUCUCGCAUUUACCAAGAAUAAAGCGUAAAGAUGUUUCAGAGCUCUUGACUACGGAUCACCAGCCAGAAGCCGCGCAGCCAGUCAUUGUAUCCAUAAAUAAUGCCGCAGCGCCGAUCAAAAGCAUUGGGAUUGGUAGAUUUGUAAUCACUCGUCCGGUUACGGAUCACGAACUAAAGCUCAAUUCCACUCACACUAAAUCCGCUGUAGCACUAGCUUCAGACACCGAAGAACCGCGAGAUGCCCACAUUGCUCCGCUCACUGCUUCUGGUGGUGGACUCAAUGUGUCUGUUCCAAGGGAUCAUUUUCCCCGAUCAAAAUUAUCUAACGCCCACACUUCAGGUCGAUCGGCUAUUUCCUGUUCACCUGAAUGCUGUCGUUAUCAAACUAGUGUGGAAAUAACGCCACCGGAAUCGGUUCAUUCUCCAGAGCAGUCGAGUAAUGUUUCCACUUCCAAACACACCGCUAGCCAUUCUCAACUGGGGAGGAAUUGUUCGCCUAAUCAAGCCAUUAGUUCGGAUUCCGCCGCCUCGUUAGCGAAAGUUCAAUCCGGUCCUCUAUCUAAAUGGUUAUCGGAGCAAGCUGAGCUGGUGAACGGAGAACGAAGUUCAACGAGGUCAAUGUUGAAUGGUGAAUUGCUUCGCCGACGUCACCCUCCUUUCCGCAAUCGUUCGCAACCACGUCCUGUUAUAAACUUUCCGUUGAUAGCCGAUAAUGACGUGGGUGUUAAUCCAACUGGGUAUUUGUUGCUAUUCCUGUCAUUGAUAUUGGAUGUAUUCUCCUUAGAUUCAACUGUGGAUGACCUCUCUCUCGUCCCGGUUCAUCCUCAUCUACGGAUACGGCACCACAGUACUGGGUCCAUCUGUCCCCAAAUGCGUGUUCUGGCCCUUAGCGCAGACUCUGUUCCCUCACAGUUGGCACGUCUGGCCUCCAGGCACGACUAUUCUGUUACUCCAGCCUCUGCGGCAAACAUCACUCAGGCAGAUUCUGAUCUGGAUCGUGUGCCAAGCUUGCCGGAUAUACAAAAACCUCGGAUAUCUUCGGUUUCUGGAACAACGAUGUGUGACGCUAUGAUGACGUAUGCCGGCGUAUUAAACGAUAGAAUGGAAGACGAUGCCCUGACCAACCAGGCCCUAAAUGCAAUGACGUAUCCAAGUCACCAGGCAUCGUAUAAUGCUGACUUAGAAAGGCUUAUUCGAGCUGUGGCUCUUGGAGCUCCAGUUGCCCGACCUUUCGGGCGCAGUCUUAUUAGCACCGCUGUGAUCCGGGGAUCCAAAGAUGAAGGCCAGGCAUCUAGCAGUGUACCAGACAUAAAACGCCUAAUGGAUGACUCUGCUAUUGCUCCUCCAACACUAACUCCUGGAAGUUCGAAAGACUUUCUUGUACCAACUGCGCCUUCUGUGCCUGAAGUCUACCCGCUUGAAACACUCCACAAUGCCCUGACUUUGAGUCAACUGGAAGCAUUUUUCGCCCGACUUACCACGCACACAUUUCCCACGCCAUUCACAUCACCUCGACACCCAUCAACUCCGAUCAGUUAUUACGACCAACAUUCGCUUUACCAAUACCACGACUCCGGAGGAAGCCUUUUCUCGUCAUUCCCUCACAGCACCACUCCACAACAGCUACUUUCUGUUGAUGACGCACGCAGUAAUCAACAAAUAUGCCGAGGUUCUGUUGGUUUUGAACUCGGCCGUGCAGAUCAAUCUAAUGUCCAUGCGGAUUCUGACUUUCAUUUUGUUAAGCUUCAAAAAUCUUCCAUGUCCACAUCGGUCGACUCUGAUGUGGCGGCGGAUACCACGUGGCAGUUGGAAGAUUUGAAAGUAAGGAAUCUUUUUCACGGUGUUUUGAGUCUGCGUUGCUGGUCUACUAUCGUAGUCUGUGUGUAA